UAUCAAAACUCGAAACGUCAGCUGUCAUUUUUCCACCCAGUGGACUGUGUUGUGUAGCCUGACGCAACACUCGCUCACACUCAUCCAACAGACUACAGGGCAGCCAUGCAGAGAUGCGUGUAUUAUAUACUCUAUCUGGCCACAGCAGAACUGGUCUCUGGAAUUACUAGUGAAACCUCGGAGGGAUGUCCAGAUCACGUAUUGAUCAUACAUGACAACCUGACAGAGGUCCUGUCAACAAAUGUCAGUUCGUUGAAUUUCACAUGUCCUAUCAGGAAUCUUACGGAGAACAGAAAAUUAUUUCUGUAUGUUGACGUCGGAAAAAUGGUGAGCUCAGGGGAUUCCACGUGUAACUUUACGGUUUGGAGAAAUCAAAAUUCAGACGUGAUCCUUUUUGAUGCUGAAAUGGUUGAUCGAUUCAACUUAAGUAUUCUUAAAAAUGGAUCUGCAAGACCUUCCCAGUUGAAUAAUACCUUUUACACCUGGAUAGCUGACUUUGACAUCCAGGAGAUCAAUCUCAGCACCAUGUGUGAUAAGGAAAAGUCCCUUUACAAUGAAACUACUUGUGCAGACAUAGUUGAUAAAACCAGCUACAUUCUGACUGUCACAUCCGAGGGGCUUGAGUCCUGCCAGACAUGUGACAACCCAGUGAAGAAGCCUGACAUGGAGCUCGAACUCGACAACGUGGGGGGGGGCUCUGGAGGGGUGAUCGAUGCAGCUGCUGCAGCAGGGGUCAUGAACAACCUGUCGUCCUUAUUGGAGAGAAUGGGCAACUCAACGACAGCAGCCCUCUCCAUGGGUGAGGUCAAAGGCCUACUGAGCAGACUGCCCAAAGAGCAGCCUAACAAGAUCAACUUUGGCUUCUCAUCCGAUAAGGACAUGAGCAUUGUGGACAGUGAGGACGCCCUGCAGAGAGAGUUCAGCAGGUCCGUACACGUGUCCAAGGAGGCUGUUGCCAUGGCAGUGAACAGAAGUGGUACAUUUGUUGGGGUUCUUGUCUUCCUGAACAUGGCUCAGGAUAAAUUAAAAAGCAAGGUUUUGAAUAAUGAGGUAGUCGGAAUCAAGAUGGGGGCUGAAAUCCACAACCUCACAGAUACCAUCGACAUUCACUACAGAGGCGUUAACCAGAAGGAGUGCAAUGCAAAGGAAUGUAAUUUCACUUGCAAUUCCUGGAAUGGUGAAGGGGAAGUCAACUGGACCACUGAUGGAUGUGAAACAGAGUUUCUCAACGACAGCAUCAAAUGCAACUGUACUCACUUGUCCUUCUUUGCUAUUUUAAUGUCACAAACGGACAAGAUAACCUCAGCAGACAUGAAAUCUCUGACGUACAUCUCCUACAUCGGCUCUGGCUUGUCCAUGUUCUUCUUGGGAGUCGCUCUCUUCAUGCAGUGUGCUAUGAGGUUAGCCAAGUCGAACUCGACCACCAAGAUCCUGCUGAACCUCUUCCUGUCCCUGUUCUUCUUAAACCUCACCUUCCUCCUGAACCAGACCAUCGCAGGCUUGAACAACCCAGCGUCCUGUGUGGUCAUGGCCGCGGCCAUGCACUACUUCAUGCUGUCCACAUUUACCUGGUUCUUUUUAGAGGCCCUCCACAUUUUCCUGCAGACGAAAGAUGUCAACACUGCUAUCAAAAGCUACCUGGUGAAGAUUUACAUUUCCGGAUGGGUUACUCCAGGUCUUGUUGUUGGCAUCCUCAUUAUCCUUAAUAAAUAUCAAAUGCAAAUCAUACAUGUAGAUGAUGGAAGCACGGUAAACAUGUGUUGGAUCCCUGAUGUCCAGGUUCACUAUGCAGUAAACAUUGGCUACUACACGUUGGUGUUUCUCUUCAACUUGGCCAUCUUCAUCUUCGUGGUGCAACAGAUUCAUCUCCAGAAGAAGUUCAAAGCCAAGGAGUUGAAAGGCUCCACGCCCACAAACACCUUCUCCAUCCUGGGCUUGUUCUCCAUGCUCGGCCUGUCCUGGGGCUUUGCUUUCUUCAGCUACGGCAAGAUGGCAAUCCCAUCUUACUACAUCUUCAGCAUCAUCAACUCCUUCCAAGGUUUUUUCCUUUUCAUUUAUUACUACAAGAACAGCCAAGGUUUUGAGGCCAAGCCAGUGUCUGUGUUCACCAGCAGUAGCACGGACAAGACAACAAACACCUAUGAUAUCAACUAGCAAUAGCUCUGUUCUGUACCAUACAUAAUGUUCUCCAGGGUAGGUAUGCGCUAUUGUAUCCAUUUAUCUGUAAAUCUGUCGGUUGUAAUGUAGAUCUGAAUGUAGAUUAGACCGAUGCCUUCAGUACCAUACUGCUUGUAUCAGAAAUCCAAUAAUCUACAAACAUAAUCAUAUUGUUGGUUUAUGUCAUUUUAGUUGCCUCUAUAUUAUGCUCCCAUGUUUUAUUGUCUCCAAAAGGGGGCACUAUCGCGUUUCUGCUUCUGAGCAUAGAUAGAAGUGUGUACCUGCUGCAGAGUCCUGCCUGCUAUUGAGGAUCUAACAUCCAGGAUGAGUUUAGCCACAAUAGGUGGUUACUUUGGAGACAGAGUGUCAGUUUGCUUAAACUUUUUAUGUUCAGUUUUACAUUUGAUUGAACUAUUAUUACUGGUGGCUGAGGUUAUGAAUAAAAAUUAAAUUGUUUCAGUAA